UAACAGUAGCUAAGCUAACGCUGCUGGUGAGGUUUCCGUGGUGAAGCUAACUUUGACAGAAAACAAGAUGCCUUUUGAAUGCCACUACAACAAGAUGUAAGUUGGUGUAUAUUUUUUUUUUGCCUUCUCACUAGAGUAGUUUUAGCUUAACUUGAUAUUAUGAUGUCAAGUCAGGUGCUGAUGAGCAUCUUGGUUGCCAGUUGUCAUGGGAGAACAAAAGCGUCAGACAUGGAGGCAGACAGUGUGAGCAUAUGGCCACGCAUGGAGCCCUUCUUACUGGGUGCCCUGCAGGUGGCUCCCUCCUCCAAGCUCAGCCUGCACUAUCUUCACAAGAUGGCGAACUACGUGCGAACACGUAAUGGCUGCUUCCCUAUUUUGCGUUGGCCCAUGUGGAGGCACAUUGCCUGUGGAAAGCUGCAGCUUCCGGAAGACCUCGCAUGGCUCUACUUUGAGACCUUUGACCUUUUGAUAGGCCACACUCCAGAGGAGAGGCUGGAGAGGGCCGAGUGUCUUUCCCAGUGCACUUCCAAGAGCGAGCUGGACCAACAAAGGACCAAGUUGUCUGUGGACACGCUGCAGUUCCUCCUCUUCCUUUACAUCCAGCAGCUGAACCGUGUGUCCCUGCGCACGUCUCUGAUCGGUGAAGAGUGGCCCAGUCCACGCACUCGCUCCCCAUCUCCAUCAGACCGAGAGGCCAAGACCAGCUCUCAGAUCAAGUGUCCACAUGAUCAAGUUGGAAGCACAGAUGUUUUGUAUCAAGCGCACCUGUCAUUUGUACAAAGCCACCUUGCUGAGAUUCUGCAGUUAUUGGUGGAGCCAGGCCAGCUGUCACAAUCUGGACAGGCUCUGAAAGACUGCCAGAUAUCCCUGGAGGCUGUGCGGAGCUUGGGGCUGCUCCUGGAGGGCUCAGCUGGCCAUGGCAGAGGUGUGCAGCCUGUGCACAGGCUGCUGACCAAAGGUCCACUUCAGACACAAGCUGGCUACUCCACACUCAGCCACUCCUUCCCUCUGCACAAGCUGCUCUCCUGUCUCCAGCACUGUCUCACACUCAACCCCUUUGGGAUAACUGCCUGCCUGCACUCAGGCAAGAAACUAGCCUGGGCUCAGCAAGUGGAGGGGGCCAUGAAGAGAGCCAAAAUAGCCAGGAACACCCACACAGCUCCACCUGGCAGUAAGAUGGUGCUCAUGUCCCAAGUCUUCAAACAGACCCUGGCUAAAACCUCAGACAGACUGACCGGUGCCAAUGUCAAAAUCCACAGGUGCUCAGAGGCCUUCAUAUACCUCCUCUCCCCUCUCAGAUCAGUCAGUGUGGACAAAUGCCGUGACAGCACAGUGGUUCUGGGUCCUGUUGAGACCAGUGUCCACAUCCAUGGCUGCCAGAACGUGCGGGUAGUGUGUGUGGCCGGCAGGAUUGCUGUGGGCGCCUCCUCAUCUUGUACCAUCCAUGCCCUGACGCCCACCAACCCUUUGCUGCUACCUGGGAACACAGACAUUACCCUAGGGCCUUUCCACACUUUCUACCCCUCUCUGGAGGAUCAUAUGGCCAGUGUGGGGCUGGCUGUUGUCCCCAGUGCCUGGGACCGACCCCUGUUUCUGGCGCCCGAGGGCCUCAUUAGCCCUUCUCUCAACACAUCGCCCAGCACAGACCCCGUCUGUUACCACCUGCUGCCCCCGGCUGAGUUUCACACAAUGGUUGUGCCUUUCCAGAUGGAGGGGGACACGUGUGAAGUGCCCGGUGGAUUGCCUCCUCCUUAUCAGGCAGCGAUGGAUGAAAAGCAGAAACGGAUAGAGGAGUGGCAGAAGACUGUGACAAUGGCCCGGCUCAACAAGGAGCAGAAGAAGCUGUUCCAAGAGCUGGUGGAAGCCAGGUUCCAUAAGUGGCUUUUGGAAACGGGGCACAGGCAGGAACUCGACAGCCUCAUCCCACCCACAACAGCCUCUUUAAAUGACUCUGAUGGGCCUGCAAGGGACACUCCCCAAGUUAAUGACAGCAAACACAUGAGGACUGGACGGGCAGCGGGGCGGUCACCUAUUUCUUGUUGAACUGUUGGCUUACCCUGGUCUGAGUCUAAAUUGAGGAGUAUGUUUACACCAGGUAUUACUAUACAGUGUGUCAGUGGUGAUUUACACCGUACUAACAAGUCUGGAUCCGGUGUUUACAGCAGCCUACAGCUUUGUCCCACUCACUGCUGAGUGGAGCUAAAAGACAACUCCAAGUCCUGGGUGUCAAGGCCAAACAGGGAGUGGAGGCAUGUUGUAAAACAACAUCGCACCACCCUUUUGAGCGGAGGUGUGGGCUUUAAAAAAAACAUGGGUGUAGCAUCUGUGAAAUAACCAUAGGCUUUAGAAAAGAAGUGGGAUUACUUUUGGAAUCAUAAAUCUAAAUUUGGUUAAAAACCAGGCACAGCUGUGGGGGGGCAGGGUGACCUCCAUGAUCGUCUGUGGCUGUCGGUUACACAUUCUCUUGAAGGACUAAUAGCUUGUUAAUGUAGUAAUUGUCAAAUGCAAUAUAUGAAGAGCCACAGCUUGACACUGUUCUGGUGCGAACUCAGCACAGUCACAGGUGUUGUGGAGUCACAUUCAGUGACCACCAGAGGUACAUGAUGCACUCAUCACUGGUGGGUUCUGCUGUGGCUCAGUAAGUCCUCUUCCUCUUCCACACAUUCUGGAGUGGUUACCUCCACCUCUUCCCAAACUGUGCUCACAUAUGUAAACUCUAUGCUAUUUUCUUACAAAAAAAAAAAUUUAAAUUAAAGGAAGUUGCCAUGUACAGUUGCUACUCAGGUCAUAGUAUUAGAAUAUUAAAAAUAGCAAUCAAGUAUUUUCCGCUAUGGGGAAAAGUAAGGAACUUUAACAGUUUAUUUUUGGGAUGUGACGUCACCAUCUGAGUGUAAGUUAACAACACCUGCAGCGACACUGCUGUCCCUGAGCUGAACGUUGUUGCUACACCUCAGUUAUUGAUAAAUCACAGCUGUCAAAGGAGAUAUUUGUUUUGACAUCUGUGACUGUGGCGUUGGCCACAAGUGCAACACACAGCAGCAGUUUCAUUGUUCUGUGAAUUUGUGCAGACGUGCGCUUUCUUCACUACAGCUGAAACAGCCUGACACAUUGCAGUGUAGUUCAAAUUUAACAAACGUGUGGUCUGUUUGCAGAAUUGGCACCAUAUGUUAGAAAUCCUAAAUGUAUAUGUAUUUUUACCCACAUAACUACAAAGUAGAUAUUAGAAAACUACCGUAAAAAUCUGAAGUGCUGGGAUUUGUCUGUAUUUUCACGAUGACGACGAUGAUUACACUUUAAUUUGAACAAAUGAAUAUGCAGGCAAUAUAUGAAAAGCACAAUAUAGUUGAGAUUGUUAAAACUAUGAAUAAAACUACUGAUUAUUUAAAUUCUAUGUUUGGAUGCAGGAGCUGCAGCUUCCAGAGUUUGUAUAGUGAUGUUCAUGUGAGUAAAACUGAAAUGCAUGAAUCCGUUACACUUACAAAGAGUACAGUUUGUUGCAUCUGUGGUUAUGCAGCACUAACAGUGGGGAAAUACAAGUGGACAAGUACACACUUCUAAGAUGUAGCAUUCCUGUUUUAUGCCACUUACUGUAACUUGACUGUGUUUGCCAUGCUUUGCUGUUACUUACAAAAUACACAGUGACUAAUUUAUUAGGUACAUGAGUAGGCAACAGUGGUGCGGUGGG